AUGGAAGAGGAACGCAAAGACACAAAUGUUAAUCAAGACAUAGACGAAAUGCUCAAAAUAGUGAGUAAAAUAUGCAAGGAUCAUGGAGAAAGUAUUCCAGAGUUAAAAGAGUCUAUGAAGAUUUUGAAAUCCAUCAAAGAAAAGGUAAAGAACCUACAUACUUUAUCCGAAGUUCAUCUAACAGACCUAGAAAUACCAUGGAUAAAGGUCGGUGCAGGAAAUUUUGGGAGGGUAUAUAAAUCAACGUGGAAAAAAUCGUCCCAGGUGGCAAUAAAAGUUUUGAAGAAACAAGCAGAAAACGAGGUUUAUGAAUAUAAGCUUUUGCGAUAUCUUAGCCACGAAAAUAUCAUUGCAUAUAGAGGAAUGGGAUACAUCCAUUCAAAGGAGGAGCUAGAAAAGUGUUUGAUGGAAGAAAGUGAAGAGGAUGACUUGAGGGAUUUAUUUAAGGAACCAAACAGAAAAUGCAUGUUCUUUGUUAUGGAGUUCAUUCCAACAAACCUAUUCCGAUACAUAAUGCAACGAGAGAGCCACGAGACACAGGGGUUGUCUCUUAAAAAGGCUUGGGACAUCGGGAAGCAGAUUGCCAGCGCAGUAUGCUACUUACAUUCAGAGGGGAUUGCGCACAGAAACAUGAUACCGCACAACAUAUUGAUACAGGGAUAUGUGAACAAUUUCAUUAUCAAAAUUACAGGCUUUAACUUAGCAUUGCAGGAUAACCGAUUCGACAACCAUCACAAAAAGUGCGAAUCGAUGAUGACUGAUAGUGAUGCAAAUUCUACAGAAGUCUUCUUCGAUAUAAGGUGGGGACCCCCAGAAUUUCGACCAUCCUUAGAAAAUGAUGAGAUUUACUACGAUCUAAUUGCUUUCAAGAAGGGCGAUAUUUACUCUUUCGGUCUCAUAAUGUACUUCAUAAUUUCCGGUGUGCAACCUUUCGCUGAAUUUGAAACAGAGGAGUUAUUAGAUCAAGUACUUCCACACACAUCACACAUUCAAGAAAUAUAUAUAACCGAUCAAAAAGACGUUAUAGGAAAAUUCAUCAAAGAAUGCACGAAUGAGAGACCAGAAGGUAGACCCAAUGCCGUGGAUGUCACCAACAGAUUCUACAGAGAAAAAAACCCGUAUUAUUUGGAAGAAUACGAAAGCGAGCUCUUUUCUUGUGGAUUCCUGGAUAAAACAGAUAUAUUUGUAGCUGAUUCCUGCACUGAUGAAGAUUCAAGCCAAAUGGGGUAUUUUGAAUCUAAAGAACGACCAAACGGAUAUAAGCAUCACGACUUGAUCUGUCCAAUCAGAAUCGGGGAACGUCCCAAUAGGGACAUAUUCAUAGACUGGGACAAAGAGGAAAAAUACAUAGAAAAUUACCGUAAACUCAGAAGGCAAGCCAAUAAAAAAAUUAUUGAUAACAAUCCGACAGUGGCAUUGAAAAGUCUAACAUUUUCGCGUCCCGACGAAGAAGGGAAGCGACAAAGAGUCAAAAUGAUUUUUAAACAAUCGGAAUAUAUACACCACAGAGCAAUGCGAGACAUCUGGAUGAGUAUGAGCGAUGAGGAGAAGCGAGAAUUCAUUCCAAAUAAAUCAGAAGUUAAUCCCUACUUCAGCAAUACAUUUGGACUACAUGUUGCCAUUUUGACGAACGAAGGUGCAGGAAAUCCUCAGUAUUUCGUUUUCCCCCAGCGUGCAAAGGGUGCAGGGAUGCCAGCUCCGGGAGCUUUUACGUGUGGAGCUGUUAAAAGUGUAUCUACCCUGGAUAUUCAAGAAAUAAACGAAGAAAACAAAACAGAAGAAAAAGAAGAUGAAAACGGAGGAGAUAAGGAAAACGAAGAUAUAGAAGACAAUGAUGAAGGCGAGUUGAAAAGAGUAAAUCUGGUCAAUACUGCGAUCCGUGGUCUGCGUGAAGAACUUGGCCUCGAACUGUCUGAUUCAGAAGCAGAGGCAGUCUGUCUGACAACAAUCUAUCUGAAAACCGAUACCCACGAGUGGGGACUCUGUGGAUUCGUUGACCUUACAGAUACAAGAAUUAAGCCUGAACACAGAAUCAGUGCAGAUAAUUUAAAAGAUCGUUUCUCUAGUGGUCCUAAAGACAAAUUUAAGUAUCGAGCUUUACGAUUUGUUAAAUUUACCCUAGAGGACAUGGUAGAUUUUAUUUUUGAAAACCACGAAAAUUUCGCUAGUUCCACUAAGCUUGUUGCGGUAAAAGUUCUGCAAGCAUACUUUGGGUGGUCUAAAGUGAAGAGAGAAUUUGAAUCUAGGUGUUUAACUUCUCUUACGUGA